AUGUCCGAGAAGAGCAAGAAGUCCGGCAACCAACCUAAGCCACUGGACCCGAACGGAGAUGUUAUCCUGGUUGUCGGGAUCGAAAGCCUGGAAAAAUUAGGCAAGUUCCUCGUCUCCUCAAAAGCCCUAAGUCUCGCAUCUCCAGUGUUCAAGAAGCUGUUCUCAAAGUCUUGCCUCGAAGGAAGCAAACUCGAGGAAACCAAAUGCUUCGAGGUGCCCCUCCCGGAAGAUGACCCCGAAGUUAUGGAGAUAAUCCUUCGAGCCAUGCACUUCCUGGAUCCAAUAGUUGACGAGGACGUGUAUCUGGAUUCGGGGCUGCUGGCUGACAUUACCAUCCAUGCCAAUAAGUACGACUGCGUGAAGCCUCUCAGCUCGUGGGUGUCGAAAUGGUUGAACAAACCGCGGCUGAGAUCGAGUGAGGAGAUGAAGGCACUUGACUACGGGCAUAUGAUCCUAGCUUCUUAUGUUUUUCGCGAAGAGGAUAGUUUUGCUUUCUUCUCAUCUCAAGCCAUAAGGUCAAUGAUCCCGAAAGAUUUCGCUAUAUGGGAGGACACCGACCUGCUCCCACUGCUCCUGCUACCAGCAAAAAUCAGAGAUUCCCUGAAAUCAGGAAUAGAAGAAUUGAUGGACCAAAUGUUCGAACGGCUACAAACCGCAGAAACUCAGCUCCGGAUGCACAAAGGCGGCCAUUUAAUGGACGUUGGGUAUUGCGGUAAGUGCGAAAAGACCUACUUGGACAACCCUAAGAAAUGCCCCUCUUGCAGAAAGAUGCGAUUAGGGACCAAGUACUGCAGUAACGACUCGAGAGUGUCGUUAUAUUCUGCAGAACUCAAACGAGCCGGCCUACGACCGACCUCACCAAAACAGAUGCGAGCUCGCUCAGCGACAGCUCUUUACGAGCGGAUCAGCUCGCUGCACUCAUCUGUUAAUCACUACUGCCAGGCGGGGAUGGGUUGUCCGUUAGCGACGGAGCUGAGACUUUGCUCAAAAGAUUGCAAAGAGCUUUUGAUGAAGGUUCCGAGCUUAGAACUGGCUGACUUUCGUUGA